AUGGCCGGAGCCAGCGACUGGUUUAGCAUCGGCAGCACGGUGCUUUGUAAAACCUGCCAUGAGAAGGAGAUAGAGGGUGAGGUGUUGGCGUUCGAUCCACAGACCAAAAUGCUGAUACUAAAAUCUCCAUCGUCGAGUGGGAGACCCUCAUUAAAUGAUAUACAUAUAGUAAAUUUAUCCCUUGUGUCCAACGUUCAAGUGACACGAGAAGUUAGUCCUACUACCAGUGAACCACCACAGAGCCUUAAUUUACAAAGGCUAAACACGAGAGUUCGUAAUCAGAUCGAUGAGAAAAGGAGACUGGUAAUGGCUCUGCAGGCCGGAGUAUCUCCAGAGGGACAGAAGCUCUUUAUUGCUAUUUCAAAAACUAUUCAAGAUAUUACGUGGAAUGGAGCUAAUAUUGUUGUAUUUAAUAAUGUCACUAUUAGACCGCCGUACAAAGUGGACAAUGUUCAUGGAAACACAGAAUCUGGUGCAUAUAGACAUGUAAAAAAAGUGGUUGAAAAACAUAUUAAGGAUACAUUACAAGCGCAGCAACAACGGGAUCAACAACAACAAACGCAAAAGGGCGGUGAACUGCAAUAAGAGUCCAACAAGGCACUAUGUCAUCAAGAUCGCUAUAGCAUAUUUUUGAAGAAGUCCCAAUAUUUGACAAGAAAUAAGAAAAGGAAGAUUUAACAGGAUACCAAACAAAAUAGCCCGACUGCAGAAUAAUUUAGAUAAGCCUAUCGCGGAUAAUCGGCAUUUUCGAGCAAGCUCCAGUCGUUCGUUCAAAUGGAGAAAAACAAACAAAAACGCAUACAUUCAACACGAAAACUUCGCAUCGACUUUAAUCCGAAUAUUGUUAACAGUAUCGCAUAUGCAGCAUUUUAUAAAUACAAUCAGACGUACACUUCGUAAAAUUAUUAGUUACCAGCCUAAAAAAAAAAAAUGGAAAAGCAAAUGAACCGACUAAUUCAAGCAAUACGUGUUUGUCAUGUUACUAGCACUACAUUCGUACGCGAUAUAUUACCAACGGCGCCGAAGUCUGUGCUGUAGUUCAAUUCAAGGUCGGUUCAUCGGUUAUCGAUAAGAAUUAACGUAUCUUGACGUGAUUCGAGAUCGAUUUCUGUUUCUAAACGAGAGCCUUCGUGUCCAUGAGACACGGUGUACAUGAUUCAAGCCCGCAUGAAGCGGUCCGAGCUUUCAAGACACGAUUUUCAAUGAAGGCAUAAACGCAUCGCAUGAAAUUAGGAUAAAACGCACAAUUGCCAGAGCGUAUCAUAAAAUAAUUCUGUAUAAUUCUAUGUAAUUCAUUGAUCGCAUUUAAUAGAAUAUUUUUUUUUUUGCAAUUGGAAGUUUUCUUUGCUUGAUUGAAUUAUAUUUCUACAUUUAGAGGAAUAGAGUCCUAUCUCGGCGAAGAAAAUGUCCAACAAUUAUAAAAAACAUUCUAUUGAGAAUACAGCUUAUCUGUAACUCUCGGCAAUAAAUCGAUUUACCAUCUGCAGUAUUGUUACAAUGUAUUGUCGCGAUAAGAUCAUUCCGCGGCUUUACGUUCACUCGACUAAAAGAGUAUAACAUUGUAAUGUAUUGCCGAAGUUAACUGACGAAGACAAGCUUCCACAAUCGUUUUCGAACAAAACAAGCGCCUUUCUUCGAUAUGCGUUUUUUUGUGGAAAAUACAAAAAGGAAUUUUAGGAAGUUUAGAAAGCGAAUUUUCCAUCAACGAACGCAUCCGACGGCGAUCCGUGUCUUUUAUCCCAGUUUCGCCGAGACGAAGUGACUUGACGAUCCAAGUUUCGUUUCGAAGCUCGCUCGUCGCAAGCGAUUUCACGUUGUUCUCAACGGCACAGCGAACCUUUCGUCUCGACCGACAGGAAGAAAAUCGCAAACGUCCGCGAUUCGUACAUACGGGACACUUU